AUGCCCUUUGACAAGGGAGAAAAGAAUAAGAGAGGACUGUCACCACGCAAUGGCUCUGGGUCUAAGAAGCAGUGCGCCGAAGAUCGAAAGAAGAAUCACGCCUCGGAACAGAAGCGACAAGAAGACAGAAAAGCUCGCGACAAAGCUGCCGCUCGCAGUCCAAAGCUGACAAUGCCACUAUCGAGCGGUUGUCUCAAGAAGGAUGAGGCCGAAUCUCAAGACAAGAUCUACAUUCCAAAUGAAUGGUGGUGGAUUUAUUAUCUCAUCUGUUAUCAAGAAAGAUUCAACGAGCCAGCUCCGAAAGAAUGGAAUGAAAUAGUCAAGACGAUGGCAAACGAGACCGGAGGCACCAAAGCUCCCAUCUUGCGGGUGAUCGAGCUGGCUAGCAAAGACGAUCUGUCUUGCAUUGAACGACAGGAACGUCCACGCAAGCAAGCUUGCUCCGGACAACAAAGGUCUCCUUGCUGUGGCGUUUGCACUGAAUAUCAAAACGUCACCAAAUUGGCUGCCGUCAUUUGCAACGCCACGAAUAACCGAAUAACCGGAGACGAAUGA